UCUUGAACUUAUGCAAUGGCCCAAGGGGUCAGCUCCCGUGCUCGACUCCCUCCACACACACACACACACACACACAUACAUACAUACAUCUAUGCCUGCUUUACUGCAGUUGACACAAAUUUUUCUUUACAGGUCAGAGAUUUGGUGGAGAAGUGCACAUGCCCCUCACAGUUUCCCAUGGUGCGCGUCUCCGAGGGCAAAUAUCGCAUCGGCGACACCAAAGUCCUCAUCUUUGUGCGGAUCUUGCGCUCGCACGUGAUGGUCCGCGUGGGCGGAGGCUGGGACACGCUCUCCCAUUAUCUGGACAAGCACGAUCCCUGCCGGUGUCGGGCCCAGCAUCGCAGCUCGCUGCAGGCGCGUCUGAUGAUCCGCAACACGAGCAAUUCCGGCAAUGGCAUUGAGCUGCACAAGGCGCAUGUGAUAUACGAACGCUCACCACCAGCAGCUCGACGCGUGUUAUCGAACGGUGCAACUGGUUCCGGUUCCGGUUCCGGUGCCGUUUCACCAGCCGCUGCCGCACCUGGCGGCACCUCACCCAAUGCCAGCCUAGCAUCCAAUGGCGCCAGCGCCGUCGCCGCCGCCGUGAAGCAUCGCAGUCGCAGCCCGACGCCACAGCGCAAGUUCUUGAACCAGACAAACGGAUUGGCCCAGACCGUGGAGCCGUUGCCGCAGGGCUCGCCCUACCUGGCGCGACGCUCCAUGUCGCCCAGCCAGCGGCGCAUCAACGAUAUGCGCAAGAAGCAGAGCUCGCUGGACGGCUACAGCAGCGGACCGAAGUCGCUGCCCGCUGGCUCGGGCGCCGGAGGCUCCGAUGGGCAGGAGGAGUCCGCGUCAUCGUCGUCGUCGUCGGCGGCAACAGUCGCCGCCAUCGCCCAGCCCGAGCAGAGCAACAAGUUCGAGAACAUCAGCGACAAUGGCAGCGAGAUCAGCGACGAGGGCUACCGCAGCUUGGGCGUCAUCCAGUCGAAUGCACAGAAGCGCGAGUCCCUGCACAGUCAGGCCUCCAUCGAGGACGCUGAAACGAAUGCGCGUCUCGAUCAAACGUCAAGCGACUCGCAGAGCUCGCCCACGGAUGAGCACGAACAGGAGCACGAACGGGAGCGGGAGCGGGAGCAGGAGCAGGAGCAGGAGCCAGUGCCAGAGGUGGAACUCAAGACGAAUUGUGUGCAGGAAGCAGAGCCGUCGCCAGACUACUCCAUCUGCGAACUGGACGGACCCCAAUCGCUGCCCGCUGUGCUGCCCUGGCGCAAGACCGCCGGCGUCAGCAAGUUCGAGCAGUCCGGCGUCUUCAUAACGGAUGAUGAGAUUACAGUGACCACAGCCCCAGCAGAGGCGGUGCCAGUGGCAGUGCCAGUGGCAGUGGCAGCGAAGCAGGCAGAGGCAGGCGGCAGCAAGGCGUCGCCGGCAGCUGGUCUCAGCAAGAUACCGCGCUCGCCCCUCGCCAGCCGUCGGCGCCGCAGCAGCAUCGACAACAGCACCUGCGGCAGCAGCAACGGCGGCAGCCUGCAGGACUUGCACAGCAUCAACCGGAAGCAGCCCGUCUAUCGGUCGGUGCGUCGCCCGCCGGCCACGCCCAGGCCGAAGGCCUCGCAGCUGCCGCUGGUGCGCGACGUGACCAACACGUGGAGCGGACGCAGUGCACCCCAGAGCGGCGGCGCCGCCAGCAAGAAGCGGCCCACCAUCAAUCCGGACACAUUUGCGCCGCCCACUGGCGCCGCCGCUGCGACAUCCACGUCGCCGUCGCCGUCGCCCUUCGAGCGCGGCAGCAAGACGCGCCACUCGCAGAUCCUCUACGACAGCAACGGUCGGCGGGUGCGCGGCGGCUGCAGCAGCUCGCUGACGACGUCGCCCGUGAAGAACCACGCCGCCUCGCCGCUGGCCCAGCAGCUGCUCGAGGCGGCGAGCAGUGCCAAGAACGAUGCACAGAUUCUGGAGAAGAUGAAGUCGCUGCUCUAUCGCUAUGCCGCCGGCAAUCAACAGAAGCAACAGCCACAGCAGCAGCAACAGCAACAGCAGCAGCAGCAGCAACGGUCGGGCAAUGGCAAGAAGACGCCCGUCUACGAGGACUUCACAUCGGCCUGGGUGCACAGCAACGGCAAUUUGGAGCGCUCCGAGAGCUGCUCACCGCCGGCCAAGGCGCGCUCCAAGCGCAGCUCGGCCGCCUCCUCCUGCGGCAGCAACAAUUCAGCUGGAGUUGCUGGCGCUGCUGCUGCAGUCAUAUCGCCACGCAGGGAGCGCGGCCUGUCCAAGAUUCCGGCACCAGUGCGUCAGCACACGGAGCUUUAUUAACGGCGCGCCAAGGCGCAAGCCAGGCACAGCCCGAUCACAGUGAAGCCCGGGCGAACUAGACCAUAACUAAGCUAAAGGAAUUGUCCGUCUAUAUGUCUGGGUGGUUUGUUAGAUUGUAGCGAACGCAGCCGUUCCAAUCGACCUCAGCAAGCUAACAACUCGUCUCUCUCCACACACAUACAUAUAUAUAUAUAUAUA